AUGGGUGCAAGUGAAGCCAUAGUAUUUGAGAAGUUCUCGGUCAAACACUCCUGGAAACGACCAGAAGCCACUUGUGGUAUGCGAUCAUGUGGGCUGUCGCACAAUUCUAUGACCAGUGUGUCUGAUGGUGGAAAGAAGCUAGAUUUGGAGUAUUUAAAAGAAAAAUCCUCUGUGCCAAGGUCUCGCAAGCGUGAGGCUCCGAAGUUGAUGGAGUACCAAAGGGUGAAGAGGCAAAGGAUUGAUCAUAGUUUGUCUUCGCAGAGCUCCACCAUUUUGAAACUACAGACGACUCAUCCAGCUGGUUGGGUUUCCAACCAACCUGUGUUAGUAUCCCAUAUGAACAAUGCAGAUCCAGAUUCUAAUGGGGCUGCAAGUGGUUUGGACAAUGAAAACACAUGCCUUGGUUCUCAACACACAGCUCCUGCCACAGAUGUUGCUACUCUCCAAGGAUGUCCAGUUUAUGAUGUACAUCCGUCACCAAAGAAGGCUCUCCGUGCGGCAAUGAUGAAGAGCAGGUUUUCAGAAACUAUUCUGAAAGCGCAAAAGAAGACACUUUUUGACCAUGGUAAUAAAGUAGAUCCUUUGAAGAUGCAGCGGGAAAAGAAAAGAUUUGAAAGUAUACAGCUUCAAGGUCAAGAAUUUACAAAGUAA